AUGCAUAUUUUCCGUCAAAUAUGGUUGUCAAGCCGACAAAUGAUGCUCCUAUUAACAACAGUUAUACCUCUAGUGGUAUUUUAUAAAAUAUCGAACAAAACCGAGAGAGAAUACGUAGAGACUCCUUGGAUCCCUUUGAAUAUCGAAACAACAAAUGUGCUCACUAAUCACAUGUUUGGGGAUGAAGCGUACAGAGAUACGCUCUUACGCCCUACCAAAUAUCUUGUUGUUCCAUCGCCAGAUUGCCGAAAUGCGCGAUUUUUGGUGUUAGUUUACACGAUAACCAGCGAUUUUGAGACGAGAGAUAGGUGGCGAAGAUUUUAUGGUGGUCGACGAAUGAGACACAAAUUCGCGUAUUGUGUCAUUUUUCCUAUAGGUAGUCUGAGAGAUUUCAAUGAAACGACGCGACUAGUGGAGGAAAUUAAUUUAUUUGACGAUAUCCUUCAAGGAGACUAUCUGGAUUCGUAUAGGAACCUUACAAUGAAGACAUUAUCAGCGCUACGUUUUGCAGCCGUUGCCUAUCCUAAGGUGGAUUCAAUCCUGAAAAUUGAUGACGAUGUUGCAUGGAAUGUUCCUCUUGUGACCAACUAUAUUAAGAGCCGAGUGUUGCCGAAUUCAAUUUCGUGUUACAAGUCCCCGUCCUCUUCACCAGUUCGCAAAAAUAGAAGCAAAUGGUACGUUACAUACGAUGAAUAUCCAGGUGAGAGUUAUCCAGAAUACUGUUUCGGUGUUGCUUAUGUGCUACAUAGGACUGCGGUGCUGCCGAUGCUCAGCGUUCUGCCACAAAUGAAAUAUUUUUGGAUAGAUGACGUAUUCGUCACGGGUUUUAUGGCGCGAGCAGCAACUGUCUCACUUAUCGAAAUAAAUCAGUACACUGAACUAAAGCCAAUCCGCAGAGACAUUUCUCAAAAGAUAUUUUAUAAUGAUAUGAUGUUCUAUGGUACCAGCAAAGAGAACAUCGGACGUCAAUUCAUCAAUCGUACCGAGUAUGUGCUGCUGUUCAAUUGA